CCAGGCUCCAGGGACAGAACCUUCUCAAAAGCGGGGCGGAGACUCUGAUUUUCCCGCCGAAAGCAUCCCCUUGGAUUGGCUACUUUAAGUUCAGAGUGCGCAUACUCUGAUUUGCUCUUUUGAUUCGUCCACAAUCAGGGUCAGACUGCUCCCGCUGCCAUGAACGGAGACAACACCUUUGCAAGGAGACCCAGGAAUGAUGCUCAAAUAUCAGAGAAGAUACAAAAGGCCUUCGAUGAUAUUGCCAAAUACUUCUCUAAGAAAGAGUGGGAAAAGAUGAAAGCCUCAGAGAAAAUCAUCUAUGUGUAUAUGAAGAUAAACUAUGAGGUCAUGACUAAACUAGGUUUCAAGGUCACCCUCCCACCUUUCAUGUGUAGUGAACCGGCUGCAGACUUCCAUGGGAAUGAUUUUGAUAAUGAUCGAAACCGCGGGAAUCAGGUUGAACAUCCUCAGAUCACUUCCAACAGGCUCCAGAGAAUCUUCCCAAAGAUCAUGCCCAAGAAGCCAGCAGAGAAAGAAAAUGAUUCAAAGCAAGUGGCAGAGGCAUCUGGCCCACGAAAGGGUGGGAAACAGCCAUGCCCCCCGGGAAAACCAAGUACCUCUGAGAAGAUUAACAAGAGAUCUGAUGUGCUUCAGAGAUAUUGCAGAUUCGGUUCCAGACCACUGCAAUAA